AUGGAAGCUCACAAGCACGUCGAGUCCAAGCAUCGAAAGGAGUGCAUUGAGCUCUUUGCGGAGCUUAAUGAGCUCAAGAACUUUGUUCAACUCAACUCCGAGGGUGCGCGAAAGAUUGUGAAGAAGUUUGAUAAGUUCAACGGGACCUCCCAUUGCGGCGAGUACAUGUCAACGUGUCAGCCAUUGGUGAGCAUGCAGCACGAGGCACGGACUAACCUUAGUGCUAUGAUAUCUGAUGUCGAGAAAAGUUAUGCCGAGUACUACUGUAGUGGCGAUGUCUCCUUGGCGUUAGAGGAGCUAUCACGUAGUUUAUCAGAGCUGCUAGUAUGGGAUAGAGGCACCAUCUGGCAUGACCUUAUUAAACUCGAAAGGUAA